ACACACAGCUUUAUAGACUAUUCUCACGUUUUAGAUGUAAAAAACCCGAUUUAUUGUAUCUACGACCGUCAAUUUCUCAAAUCUGUCACUUCUAAUAUCAAAGGAUACUUUUACAUCAAGAAAACGCCAUUUUAUCAGGAAUCAUGCAAAAAAUAGAGCAUAAAUCAAUCAAAUAAUAAAAACCAUGACAAUCAUUGUCCCUAAGUUGCCCCAAGCUUCCAAGGACAAGCCUAGUGAACCCAACUCAAGACUAGGACUGUCAUCCACCACCAUAUCCACAAAAUGUGCYGAGGAUAAUAACAAUUCUAAAGCAGUUGUAUCACACCCAGUUUACAAGUCAUCAUUCAAAAACAUCAGCGCAUCGUUAUCAUUAGUUAUCUCUAAGAAAUCAGCAAACAAUGAUGCUGGGCACAUGGAUUGUACACAGAACAGCCAAUCAAUCCCUGGAUUUGGUUCAGAUGUUAAGGUUGUAACCCAUGGAAGACGUCGCAGUGUUGAUAAACAGUAUAGGCCAAGUCAACCAACAGGAAACAACAAUGGUGGAGGUAGAACUAGUUCAAGAAGAAGUGGAAGGUCUUAUCAGAAUUAUGACAACAAUUCUAGUAAUGGCAACUCUGGCGCUGAUGGAAAUGGAGAAGAUAAUGAUGAUAGUGAUGAUGACGGGGAUGAUGAGUACMUUGAUGAGGAUGAUGAUGAAGAGGAGGAGGAGGAAGAAGAGGAGGAAGACGAUGAUGAUGAUAAAAAUGAUGAUGAAGAUGAUGACGACCAGCAAAAUAAUAGUGUUGACAACAGCAUUGACGAAAAGGUUCUUGCUACAUUUGGAUUGAAGGUACGUGGUGAGUCAACAGUGGACUUAGAAAAUGCAGAGAAUGUUGGGAAUAGUCCAAUACCCCCUGGUACACCAAUAACAYUGCARGGAAUAGUUUGCCAUGAAACCAUAGGAGGUGUAUUGGUUGUUAAUAUCAAGUGGCGUAAUAAGAUAUACUGUGGGUCACUAAUGGACUGCACAAGACAUUCUUGGGCAAGACCAAGAUUCCAGUCAACUGAUGGUGGUAAUCAUCCUGGAAAAACAAGGAUGGGUAAAAGUAUUGGUCAUGGUAAAGGMAAAGGGAAAGGCAAAAGGCUGAGGAGUAAUUCAGUAACAAGUACUAAUUCCAACAAUCAUACAGUGAGUCCCUUAAAGCAAAAAUUAAGAGGGAGAAAGAAGACAAUAUCUGGCAGUUCYGUUGAAAAGMGACAAGGAUUCCGUUCCAGCAAAAGAAAACCAAAAAAUGAUGAUGACAGUGAUGAUUCAACACGUCCAGGUAAAAGAACYUGCACAGUAAAGGGAGCUCCAUCCCCUACACCAUCACCAACUCUAAUACCAUGCCCUGAACCUGGCUGUGAGAAGAAAUACAAACAUAUUAAUGGACUGAGAUAUCAUCAAGCACAUGCUCAUUUAGAGUCCAAAAACCAAGAUGAGGAUAAUAAUUCAGAUGACAGGUCUAGCACUACACCUUCACCAAGUGAAGAGUUUAAAGAACCUGAUCCAUUGACCGCAGUUAAAAGCAGAUCAUCAAGCAUCACCUCAAGAAGUCUUGGUGAAUCAUCUACUGCAUCUUCUUUYAGCAGCCUUGAAAAAGAACCAAGCAAUGAAGAUGAAAAACCCAUCAAGAAAGAAUCUGACAUGUCUGUAGAUUUGAAAAGUGAUGAGAAGAUCUGUGAKUCCAAGAAAGARACUGAACAACRYGAAGAUACUGCAGAAAAUYCUGUAGAAAAAAGCACUGAUAAAGAGGAAGAAAAAGAAAUCCAAACCACAGAACAAGACAAUAAUAUAAAAGAGGAGACUAAGAAUGAUAGUGAGUUUGUUGAAGUAGCAGACAAGUCAACAGACACAUGUACUGUUACUACAGCAUCUUGCACGAAACACUCUUUUAAUUUGAUGACAACAGUUAUACCAGCUAAUGAAGUUCCUGAAGUGGCUGAUACCCAGGAGGURUGGGAGACAGUAUUGGACAGUGGAUGUGUUACAACAGCAUCAGAUAGCGAGACCAAGAAAUCUAGUGAUGUAACACAAGGCAAACAAGAUGGCAGCAAAGGAACAAAGGAUGAGGGACAGCAAGUAAUGAUAACAACUUGUGGCAUAAAUCAACUUGGUAUUGAAGUUGAAGAUAUAAGUGAGAAUGAGGAGGACAUUGACCCAGGGCAAGAUAUUGAAUUCAACAGUAGAGAAGAGAUGGAGAAAGCUGUGGAGAACUUACAAAGUGGSUCAUUUGUAGCAUCACUGAGCACUGAAAAUAAUUUGCAAAUGUUGUCAUCUUUAAAGGAUCCGAGCUUGAUUUUUGGACUGAGCAACAGAGACAGAAUGAUUGAUGAAAAGGAACCUGGAGAUGAUACAGAAAUAGAGCCCGUUUCAGAGUCUCUGGAAACUACUACGAGAAAACCAGAGAAUAUUACUGAGAGCACUAAAGCUGUUACAGCAGCAAGCAAUGUUCUACCUUGUACAAUAAGUGUUGAAACCCUUGUAUCUCGAAGUAUUACUGCAAGUAAACAUGAACCUCCAUUAACGAAUGCUGACACACCUUCUAGUCGUUUCAAAUACUUCCCUUGUAGGAGUUAUGGCGAUGAAUCAUUGUCCGUCUCGAACAUUAAUAAUACAAAUACCACAACACUGGCUUUGAUUAGAGAUCCAGAAUUAAUUAAAAAUGAUACAAACCAUAUCGCUACUACAUCGGUGUUUAAUACAAAUAUCGACAGUUCGGUGGAAUCUACCAAACCAAGCUAUACUGGAUCAAGUGGAUUUAAUCAAGAYUGCACAACUUCAUCGAUACAUAGUCACGGACCAAAGGAAGAACUCAAAGAGCAGUCUCCCGUCGGAGAUAUUAUCAAGUCACACACUGCUGUUACAUCGGAACAUCAUUCCAGCGGUCAUUCAUCAUCUUCUUAUACCUCUCCUAAGAGCUCAACCACUACAACCUACAAUACUAAAGUUUAUCCUUCACAAUUGGAAAUGCCAAAUACAAACGAURCGAAGUCUCGAAGAAUGAAUAAUUUAGGAAAUAUUGAAAAAGAAAACUCAAACAAACAAAAAGAUUUGGGAUCAUCUGGCGAAGAAAAGAAGACUGAUGAGACUGACAAAUCAUCUGUGAUGUUUUCUAGACAACCUUCUACUCUCAUCUCAAAACAUAAUCGACCGUCGAUACCAUCUUUGCCAGUUGGYGUUGCUCAUCCUUAUCAGUACAGCAGUAUGGCAGCUCAUUCUUCAGGUACAACUACCUCAAGUCACACUGUUUCUCAAACAGACUCUAACGUCCCAAAGUGUGACGAGGGAGAAAGCAGAGUUGUUUCAAAGGAGAAGCCUGUCGGUGAGGUAGGGCCUGUUAGUGUAAAAAGGCCUGCUAUACAUGCAGGCUUGCCUACUGUUAUACCUGUUGGAGCGCCUGGAUUAAAGACUCAAGCAUCGUUACACGUACCAAUAAGACAAGGCCUUAAGUYUUCUGGUCUUGAAGAACGAGCUUCUACACCAAACAGUUUUAGACUAGCAUCUAGUCCAAGGUCAUCAACUGCCAGUCCUUUGCCUUCAAGUCCACGACUAUCUGACUCUAAAUCUUCAAAACACUCUUCCAAUUCUCCCCAAUCCAAACCAUCCAAUACGGACUCAGAUAUCGUUGUUGUUAAACAAGAAUCUGAUCCUACUAGCAGCAAAGUCAGUAGAGAUACAGAGAGGGAAAAGAAGACAAGUKCUUAUGAAAUUCCCAAGGAACACCUUACUCAGGCUGAACAACUCCAGCUGUAUCAGUACCAUCAGAGACAAAUGCUAUUUGCACAGCAGGCAAACAUUGAUCCGUUAGCAAGGUAUGCUUAYUUAAGAAGCAUUGGRUAUGAGAUUCCAUGGCAAAUUCCCCCUGAACAGCAUAUGAAGAUGAUGCAACAACAACAGAGAUUACGAGCUGCUGAAGAAGAGAGAAUCGAGUUCCAAGCUGCCAAAAGAUCCAAAGAAGAAUCUAGUAAUGUCAAGUAUGAUAAGAGAGAAUCCCAUAGCCCAAUGACAUCUACGCCACCGAGGCUGGAGAGAGUUAUGAAAGACCUAUCACCAGGUGAAGGUUCUAGGAGUAGUACGUCGACCAGCGAGUCAGCCAGUAGAGGAAUGCCAUGUCUGGAUCAGCCUCCUGAAAAGAAAACCAAGCUCGAGUUACCAAAAAAUGAUGAAACUGAUCGUGAACUCCAGAAGCUACGACACAAACGGCAAGAAGAAUACUUGUCAAAACAAAGCAUGCAACAUAAGUUUACUAUGUUAAAACAACUAGAGAAUGCAGGUGGUGCAGCCAAGACACAUUCUAUUCCACCAAUAUCAGAURCUAAAGAUGACUAUCAGAAGACUAAAUAUUCAUCUACGGAAUCGUCACAUCAGGCUGUAGACAAAGCUCGAAAGACGGCAAGUGAUCCUGAGGACAGCAGCCAAUUGGAAUUAUCAUCAAGGUCACGUGACCCUUCAAGAGAUGUUCACUCGAAAGCCAAGAGAAUGAUGUCAUCAGAACGAGGCUCGUUUAUUCCCUCAAAAUAUCAAGAAUAUUUAACACACGAUCAAAUGUUGGAACGUUACGAACACAGUCAGCCUGGCAACUCUCUAUUGAUACCAGGCCAUGUAGAUGCUUCUUAUGUAUCGUCACGAAUCAGAGAUCGGGAUAGCACUAGUCCUUACAAAUCACCUAGUCCCAGGCCCUCCUUGACGCGUAGUCCAAGCACAUCCCAUAGAACAAGUCCAUAUAAAAUCGACAGGCCUUCAAGCUCACGAUCCAUAAGCCCACACAGGGUUCCAAGRCCUUCCUUUAGCGACGUUCAUGGAUAUUCCUCCUCGUCAUCGAGGAGUAGUGUCUUCAGUAGAGCAGACAAACCCAAAUCACCACCACAUCAAMCUGAACGACACAAAGCAGAGGUUUAUUCUACAAACACUAGCAGUAGUAGGUCAGACGACACACCAAUAUCUCGCGCUGAUAGCCCAAAACAUGGUGGAUAUCGAGAUCGACUUAAAGAGGACGCCGUGAGACCAGGUAUCAUAUCCAAUAAUCUGGCAGUACGAAGGGGUGACGUAACGUCUACUAUGGUAAUCCCGGGUCAUGGUCCUCCAGAUGAAGAACUGUUAAGACGACAUUCAUAUAUGGUGUAUCCUCAGUACAGGGCUAUGAUGGAACGACAGCAACAUAUGGAGCAAGUAUACGCCAUGCAAAAUGCAUCGCGAUCAGAACAAUAUUAUAGUAAAAGACAAUGAAGACGGCAUUCCUCUUUCUUGUAGAUCUCAAUAGAWGAAAUGGUAGUUUCGGAUAUAUUGUUCCCAUGGUAUAAACAAUGAUUUUAUUAGUUUAGUUUUAGAAUUCCAUUUGUAAAUAAAAAAAAUCAUUUAAAAGUAGAUUCACCCAAAAGUACUUUUAAAAAGAAAAUUAAAGUGAAAAUAUAUUUUAAUCAGAAGUAUAGUACGGAAUCUUCUUAYGCAAUAAAGUUAAAUUGCUGGGYUAUAUUCCCGCGAAAUUACA